AGUUUGUUGAGGAAUGGGCGCUCAAAAAUCAAUUUUAUUUGGCGAUAACCCAUUAUCUUAUCAACAAUUCUCUAAGCAUUCUACUAGUAUUUUAUUGACUGUGACGAGAGAAGUCAAGACGGACUGACGUUAUCGGUUUUCGUCAUAAUUCAUAAUACGCACGCUCGUCCUCCGAUUUGUACGGAUGAUCAAAUGUUAAUUAAUAAAAUUUAAACAAAUUGCGCAGAUAAUAACUGCACAAAGUAUUCAAACUCGGUUAAGUGUAUGCAAAUUCAGUCAACGAAUCAAUUAUACUCAGGUUCUUCAUGCCGUGAAAAUAACAUCGCAACGGUCGCCCAAAAUUUUCUAAUGGAAUUUAGCUAUUAAAGUUUUUAAAACUUAAUUAUAAUGAGUGAUGAAAAACAACCACUUCUUACGGGGCCCUGUAUUGCUAUAGAGCAUGCAGAGGUGCAGAGGGAAGCCGUGGAGUUGUCCAGUGAGGCAAUUAUACCGAUCAAAGAUGAGAAACCGAAGGCGGACUACUGCCCGGCCUCGGAGCGGCACCUGGAGCAUCCGACCUCCAACUUUGACACGAUGAUCCAUUUGCUGAAAGGGAAUAUUGGCACAGGGAUUCUGGCUAUGCCUGAUGCCUUCAAAAAUGCGGGCUUAUUGUUUGGCGUAUUCGGCACGCUGUUCAUGGGCGCGGUGUGCACGCAUUGCAUGCACAUGCUGGUGCGGUGCUCGCACGAGCUGUGCAUCAGGAACCAGCGGCCGGCGCUCAGCUUCUCCGAGGUUGUUGAAGACGCCUUCACAUCCGGCCCGGUGCCGUUGAGGCCGUACGCUAAGAAAAUGAAAAACGUGAUCAACGUGUUCCUCGUCAUAACUCAACUCGGGUUCUGCUGCGUCUACUUCCUAUUCGUCGCCACCAAUUUACAAGACACAUUUCGAUUCUUCCACAUCAACUUAAGCGUUCACAGCUAUUUAGUUCUUCUCUUCCCGCCUAUAGUAGCCCUCGCUAUGGUGAAAAACCUGAAGUAUUUGACCCCAGUAUCGCUGAUAGCGUCUAUAAUGACCGCUUGGGGGCUGACGAUUACGUUCUACUACAUAUUGCAAGACUUGCCGAGGACGAAUUCGGUGAAGCCGUUCGCGAGCUGGCAUCAGAUACCGCUGUAUUUCGGGACCGCUAUUUAUGCGUUUGAGGGGAUCGGUGUGGUUCUACCGCUCGAGAACAACAUGAAGACGCCUGAAGACUUCGGCGGUUGGAACGGCGUCCUCAAUACCGGCAUGGUGAUAGUCGCUGCCCUAUAUACUGCUAUCGGCUUCUUCGGCUACCUGAAGUAUGGAGAACACGUGCUUGGCAGUAUCACGCUCAACCUGCCAAACGACUUUUUAGCACAAAGCGUCCGCGCAGUGAUGGCUGCGUCCAUAUUCCUUUCUUACGGGCUGCAGUUCUACGUGCCCAUGAGCAUCGUGUGGCCCGUCGUCAAGUCGCGACUGACGUCUGAGAAGGCUCUUAAGCACGGGGAAUCCGUCACCAGACUCGUAUUAAUCACUAUCACAUUCGUUGCCGCCGCCAUAAUCCCCAACUUGAGCGGCAUCAUCUCCCUAGUGGGCGCCGUCAGCAGCUCAGCCCUAGCGCUCAUCUUCCCGCCCAUCAUCGAGAUCAUGACCUUCUGGCCCGACAACCUCGGCAAACACAACUGGAUGCUGUACAAAGACCUUCUGCUGAUAUUGUUCGGGUUGACUGGCUUCGUGUUUGGCACGUAUGCCAGUGUGAGCAAUAUUUUGCAUUAGUUGCUUGGAUGGAAAGCUAAUUUCGAUGGAAUGUAUUUAACGCUUUUUAUGUCAAAGUCGUGAAAUGAGCGUCCAGGUCAGAGGGGCUAAUGUAAACAUAGAAAUUGGAAUAUUGCCUAUCUGCGUCCUGUCACCUGAAUUAUGCAAAUGAGAUAGAUGCGAUCGAAUUUCGAUCUUCGCGGUAGCCAUCCUGUUUCUUAAAAGCUUGUACUUGUAAUACGGUUAUAAGCGGAAGUCUUUUUUGGAUUAAAUGUGUUGUAAUUAAACAUUCAUGAAUUUAGCCCUAUAUUAUAGAAUUAUCUGGUUCAUAAAAUGGCCUUUGAAGUAAACUGUCUAGGUCUUUAAGUGACCAGGUUUUAUGACGUCAUUUCACGAUUAGUACAAUUACAAGCUUUACAAGCAGCUCAAGCUUUACAAAUUGCCGCGUCUAAUUUAACUUACGACUUUGACACAAAACGACAAGGCGGAAUUAAGGAGUUUUACCAAAUAAUAAUGAACAUUAAGUGGAUAGUAAGCUUACAAUAGUCGGGGCCUUUUCUUCAAAUUCGCAUGACGUGGCAUUCAAUAGGUUUGUUUGACCUAAACCUUUGAAUACUGCCCUAUUAAACCAUAUUUUUGCAACUUGCCAUAGUGAAUCGUGUACCCUGAUCUAUGGUCUCUUUACCAAAGGGCCUAUCGCAAACAUCGAAAAAUUGAAAAACGUUUUCUGCUUCUCUGUCGCUCUUACCAUCAGGUGAUCCGUCUGCUUGUUUGCCUCUUAGGAAUUGUGCCUGUUUCCGUCCACUUGUUCAGUUUUCGUCCACUUGACAAAAUUUGAGAUAACCUACAUUCUAGCACAAAUUUGGACUUAUUGCAAUCCUUAUUAUUUAAACAAUAUAUCUAUCUACAUAAAAAUGUAAUUUUGCAAGUAGCAAACUAAAAAUUAAAUAUAUUAUUUGCAAAUCCGUCAAGUGGACGAAAACUGAACAAGUGGACGGAAACAGGCACAAUGACCCUAUAUCAUAAAAUAUAUACAUAAUACAAGAAUUAUUUUCGAUGAUUCGAUGUUGGCGGUAGGCACUCAGGUCCACUGACGAUUUGGAUCACCAAAGAUUUUGAUAAACAUUUAUUUAUUUUUCCGAUCAUGACAAUAAUUGUAUGUAGCAAGAAUUUAGAUCUGUUUUUCUUUUUUAUAUUAUUAUAUGUAUAGUUGUUAAAUGAAUUUAUUUUUAAAUGAAUCGUGACUUAUGGAUGAAAAAAGUAUUAUAUUCUAAAUUCAAAUUAUGAGAUGUUAUUUAGAGUCCCCGGCAAGCUCGGCCGAAUUUCACCUUCCCAUACAAACGGAGUUUCGUUCUCAUUUUAAAAAUACGUGUUGGAUUGUAAUGAAACUUUGCACAUACGAUCACAUGAGGUAUAUCUAGGUCUGUAAUUAGUUUAUAUACCUCUAGUAUAUAAAACAAACGAAAUAGAGCAAAAACAAGUUUUGUAUGAAAAACUUAAAUUCGCUGUAUUUUUUUAACUAUGGUAUUUGAAGCUACAUAAACUAAUUACAUACAUAGAUAUACCUUAUCCUAUUGUAAGUUCAAAGUUUCAGAGCAAACUAGAUAGUCGUUUUAAAAUGAGAGCGUAACUACGUUUGUAUGGAGAACCUAGCUUGCCGGGGACCCUUAAAUGGUAAUUAUUAAAUGUGUCGUUCUCAGAGAAAAGGGGCUUUACUCAGUGGGCGCUAACAUAUUAUCUUAAGGUGUUACGUUUGGGUUUCUAAGGAUGCAUAUACCCCUUUGAACGCUUGUACGUCAUAAACAAAAACAUCACUCACACGCCAACGCGCGAGCUAAUGUAAACCUUAUUUGAAAGCACAGAUUUAAUAUAUACGCUAGAUGACGCAAAUACCACGAUUUGUAUUGAACCCAAGCGUGCCGACUUUUUCAUACAAAAUUUACGCGUUAUAUAAUUUUAAAAUUACUUAUCUGUGAUAGGAAAUAUGUUCUUGCCUUUGGGUGCUCGCAGUUUUUAAGUUUUCACGGACGUCCGGCUGCAACAACGCGGCGUGGACUGUAAAGAGCUACGAGCAACCUCGACGCUUGGUCGGGGUUCGGACACGCGAAGUAGAUGCAUUUGCGUCUUCUAUGGUAUAUUUAUUUCUGUGUUUGAAAGUGUGAAGGUUACUUUGUUAACAGCGUACGCCAUAACACUUGUGUCCAUGGCGUUAUGGGCGCGACUAGUUACGACGCCUUUAGGUGUUCUUUUUCAAAAGGUUAAGCCAUACUAUUUUUUUAGGGUAUUUUCUAAGAACGACACAAAACGAGCGUGCAUUAUAUUGGAUAGUCACAAAGUCUAGAUUACUAUUAAAGCUUAAUGUGUAGGUACCUCUAUUUAUUAUUAUGUGAUAAUGUUAACAUUCCGAAUUGAGAUUUUGCAAUACCUUGGGUAUUUUUUUGCUUUGGUGUAUGUUGAUGUUGAUUUACGUAUUUGUUGUUGUUAUGCAUAUUGUUAAUUCAUUAUACUAGAAUGUCGUACAGUAUUUAGCAUAAUAUUAGGUACAUUGUAGUGCUAUACUAUACGCCUCAGUCAAUGUUUACCUGAUCGUGUUUUUUUUUGAUAAUGAUGUUUUUUAUGCUGUUGGAUUUUUCUAAAAUAAAGGCCAAAAAAAGUAUUUGUAUCAUAUUGUUACACUUACCAUAAAACCAUGAUUGUAUAAUAAAAGAAAUGUAUACAAAAAUCAUCAUAAAAGCAGGAAAGUAUUGACUGCUGGUAAAAUAAUAGAAAAAUCCAACGUGAAAAUCAUAAUCAUUUGCAAAUAAACAAACAAAUAUAACGCUCAACUCUCGUUUUCUCAAAUAUAACGCUUAUACUGCCACCGCCUCGCGGUCUUACUUCAUUAGUAGCCAAGAAUAUUUAAACAAUACUUAAAUAUGGUAUAUUGUUUUCUAAGUGCUACUUAGAUAUGUAGGUAUGUGUUAUUCGAUCUAUUCUAUAAAUACAAGCAACUUCGUACAAAAGUAAUAUACAGGGUCUCCCAUUCAGUAUAGAUCAAACGAAAGCCAAUGAUAGAGGACAUAACUUUUAAGGCCUUAAAAGUUAUCGGUUUGACCGUUUUGAACUCUAUGUACUCGUAUGUUCAGCUAAAAUUAAUAGUUUCGGAGAAAUUAUCCAUUAUUUAAAACUUUGCAUUUAGUUAGCAAGUAUUUUCUAGAAGGUACGAGGUUUCGAAAUAAACAAAUUCUUUAUUUAGCGAGAAAGCCUACCGCAUUAAAUGUGCUUCUGAAUGCAUGCUUUAAUAAUUUUAAGAGAUGUUAAAUGAUAUAUACACGGUGACUAAUAAAAAAUAAGUGCAUUCCCGUUGCCAGGCAGGUUUUGGGAUUAUACUAAGCAACUUUUACUAUAGGACCAACCCCGAAAUCGCGAAAAAUAAUUUGGCUGGUCCAUUUUCUAUGGGAGGGUAAAUCUUUUUUUCGCGAUUUCGUGGUUGGUCCCAUAGUAAAAGUUGCUCAGUAUAAUUCCAAAACCUCCCUGGCAACGGGAAUGCACUUAUUUUUUAGCCACCAUUAUAACUGGAUAGUUCAAUAGUUUCAAUACCUUGUGUAUUUCAGCUUUUAUUUUAUUGAAUUCUGUUCUUGCUUUUAUAUAUUUCUGAAUACCACCCUAUGUAAUCUAAUGUACCCUCAGUAGCUGUGAUUUUUAAUUAAGUACUAUGUAGAAUUAAUAUGCAACAGUGUAGGUAUGUCGGUGUACUAAUAAAUAUAACAAUUUUGUGUAUAAAUUUCUUUGUUAUAUACCUACUGUCAUCAAUUUUUUUUUUCUAUAAAAAUUCAACUAAUCGACAUGAAAUUUAAAGAAUUCAAGACAUUUUUUCGUUUUUUUUUUACAUUUAUGGCCUUUAAGCCAUUUUAUUUUUAUUUUAUUAUACAGGUUUUUAUACUGUAACCCGUGCAGGCAAGAAAAUAUUGAUACUUACUUUCUUAAUUUUUACCAAAAAACAAUAUUAAUAAAAUAAUUAAUAAUAUCUUUAUAGUAAUUUAUAAUCUAAGUAUUCAAAUAAUUUAAAAUGGUUAAAGUUGAAGUCGUUAAGGAAUUUUUUUUUAUCGUUUUUUUUUUUUCAAUUAGUUACAUAAUUUUCGCCUGUAGCAGCAAUAGUAGCAGAGCUAAGACCGUCUAGAACCUAGACUGUCUAGUGCUUUCACUGAUUUGUAACAUCAAUUCCUAAGGGUAUCCUCAUAAUUUUUUCAAAAUGCUGCAGCGUUGCAUAUCCAUAUUAUCCAUAAUUAUAUUAAUUGUGAAUUUAAGGGCCUUUUAAAUAUAAUUAAUAAUAAUAACACUAGUCAGUGUUAGGUAAUAUUAUUAGUCCGUCAAAAGCCCACUUAAGUUGGUAUUAUCUUGACAAUUUAUUUUCCUAAUUGUCAAUUUACUCUACAGCUCUACAGUGUAACUGCCUGACUGAUCUUAAGUUUUGAUCCCCAAGGAUAGUGGUAGCAAUUGUUUUAAAGUCCUCUACUCUGCUCGUGUACUACUAUUAUUUAAAACCAACACUGUUGUAUUGUCAUAUCUGCUUGCUUUACAUUUUGUUAUCACUGGACUGGUUAGUCUGGAUAUAUAAUUGUAUGGUCUAUGUACCUACUGUGUUUACAGAUGUAAUGCAUAAUUCUUUACCAUCGUAUUUUUAGGGAAACGCACGAAUCUGUUAUGCUAUUUCAGUCAGUGUCUGUACAAAAAGUAGAGAUUGAAUGAAGUAGCAUGACAAAUACGAACGUUUCCGAGAAAACACGAUGGUAAAGGAUUAUGCAUUACCAUCCGUAUCUUCGUAAUGAUCUUGUUUUGUUAUUGAAAAUUGAUAGAUCUUGCUUUAUUCAAUAUUUAAUCUGACGUUCUGCUAAUUAAAAAUAUGAAUGUUUGAAAUUUACUGAAAUCUUGAAUGUAACAGUACUUAUACGAAAAUAUAAUUAGAUAUGGUGCAA